CGGCAGUCAUCAGGGAAAGUUGUGGCCGUUCCUCCGCGGUCGGUUUUCCGACACGCACGCACUCUCGUUCGCACGUUGCCGUGUUUCCGAGCUGAUUCCACGUCCAAGGCUAAAUGUAUACCAUGUGAACGCAACAUUCCCAAAAUAAAAUCCAAAAAAGUUUCCUUAAAAAAAAACACAAAAAAACAGUACAAGUUUAAUAACGGCGACAUCUCCGAAAGCCCCCUGGAGUGUUUAAUAAUAGAAAAAAACAAACAAAAAUAUGAUGGCCGUGGGAAUGACAGCAGAAUCAAUAUUGUUCAGAUGGCUCCUGCUCCUCCUCGCGCUGACAGAAGCCCUCGGCGAUGGGUCGUCCUCGAAGGCCCUCGGGAGGCUGGUGUCGUCCCCCCUCAAGACCCAGCGGUUCAUCAGCGUCUCCGAGUCACACUACGACCACGACCACCACACGCACCACCACCACGAAGUCGUACCGGAGCCACACUUCGCCCCGGCCAACACCAGCUGCGAGGUGUACCUUGGCCAGACGGCGGAGCUCGAUUGCACGGUGCAUGAUCUCACCAAUGAGUCAGUCUCGUGGAUGAGGCGCGUCGAAGAUGUCCUCGAACUGCUGACGUGGGACAAUCACACCUACGUUAAUGAUGACAGGUACCAGCUGGUGCACGAGACGGGCGACAGGUGGCAGCGGUGGCAGCUGGCGAUCAGUGACACCAGCCGGGAGGACGUCGGCCACUACCGCUGCAAGGUGGCCACCAACCCCCCGCUCACCCUGGACGUCACGCUAAAUAUCAUCGAGCCUCACGCCCGCGUGGUGGACGAGCGCGGGACGAAGGUGCUGGAGAAGCACUACAACAGCGGCAGCAUGAUCGAGCUCAAGUGCGUGAUCGAGAGGGUGCCCUUCCCCCCCGCCGCCGUCACCUGGCGGAGGGACGCCACACUGCUCUCUUUCAACACCUCCAGAGGCGGCAUCAGCCUGAAGAGCGACGAGGCAGCAGGUUACUUGUCCAGCAGGCUGUACGUGGCCAACGCGACCCCCGGCGACUCGGGCCGCUACACCUGCUGGUACGGCAACUACACCAGCGACACCGUAACCGUCCACGUCAUACCAGGCGAGAACUCCCAGGCGAUGCAGCACGACACCCUGCCUGGCGCUGCGGACGCUGGGGACGGGGCGAGCGCCGGGGGCAGCGGCUGCCGAGGCCUCGCCUGGGGGCUGCUCCUGGGUGCCCUCGCCGCGACCUGCUUCAACUGCGGGCUCCUGCUGCAGCUGCACACUCCCAGCGGCUCAACCAGAUGAUCCUCUCACCCCUCCCGCGCUGCCGGGGCCGCUGUGCUGCGGUGCCGCCCUCGCCUUCGCAGGCCGUGACCCGCGGUCCUGCGCCGCGUCCAGGCUCAUGCGGCGCGCUUUCUUAUGAUGUGCGGUUAUAUGUGUGGAUAUCAAAGGCAAAUAUAUAUUUAUUGUGUCUA